AUGGGGAUCACAAUAACGAUCAUGUUCAGUUUUUCUUUGACUACCAAACUGACAGGUGCCAGGAUGAAAUUAUUACUGAUUAUAGCAUCCUUCAUAGUCAUUACCUCAGCUAUUCAAGUGGAUAAAAAGGAUCAAAAUGACUCUAAACUCUUAAAAAAACACGGUAAACGUGAUGCGUUAAAUUUGAGCUACGGAGCGCCGCAGCAAGAUUAUCAUCACUAUCACCAGCAAGUUCAUGAACAUCAAGAACCAGCACCAAUACACGAGCAUCAAUCACUUGACCAUCAUUUUCACGGUCAUCAAGAUCAUCAAGAUCAUAUACUGUUACCACAGCCUCAUCCCGUGCAUCCAAUUGCAGCGUUUCCUCAACCAGUUCCAGUGCCAGUGCAGCCGGUAGCGAUUCCUCAGCCGGCUCCACAUCCGAUCGCCGUACCUGCACCAGUUCCUGUUGUUCAGACGGUAACGAAACACGUGGGUAUUCCAUACCCGGUGCACGUGGAUCGUCCAGUGCCCGUGCCAGUGCCUGUUGCGGUUCAUGUACCAAAACCCUAUCCUGUUCACGUCGAAAAAAUAGUACACGUAGAUCGGCCGAUUCAUGUACCGGUUGAAAAAUAUGUCCAUGUACCCGUUCAUGUUGAUCGUCCAGUACCUGUUCCAGUACCUCGGCCGUACCCAGUGCCUGUUGAAAAGUUAGUUCCUGUCAAUAAACCGUACCCAGUACAUGUGGCAGUACCUGUUCAUGUACCGAAACCUUACCCAGUACCUGUUGCUGUUCAAUACAAGUAUCACGGUCACAAUCAUGGAUGGUAG